AACGACAACAUCAACAUCGUCUCUUCAUCUUUUAUUCACAAAGCACUUCGCAUUACAGAAAAAGAAGUAAAAAAAAAAAAACAAAAAAAAAUCUUUUGCUUUUUGUAUGAAAAACUUUUACUAUGUUUCGUGUUGGUCGGUGAACAUUGUGGUGUUGUUGGCAUAUUUGUGAUGCCAGUGAUUUGUAUGAUUUUCUGUACAGCAGCAACAUUCGCUUUUGUUAAGUGCUCCAGCAAACAACAUUAGUUUCAUUUUGAACGCGACCGUUGGAUAUAAAUGCGCUUGUUUUCGAAAACAUUGGUUUUUUUCUCUUCGUCUUCUUCUUCUUUUUGGUUUCCCUUAAACCUUAAGAGCACUGUGCGUUGAUAACCGCAUAUUUAAUCAAUUAAUUUAUUGAUUUUAAAAAUAACAAAAAAAAAAAAACAAAAAAAUAUUUGAUGUGAAAAAAUUAUUUAAGAGCAAAAAAGUGAAAAUAAUUGCUCAAAAUCAGUUUUAACUUUGAUUGCUGCAACGAAACGAAAACGAAAACAAAUGGAAAUCGAAAUGAAAACCUUAACAAUUGUAAUAUUGCUUAGCACCUGCUGUUAUUUUUUGAUGGCGGUGUCGGCACAAGGAUUUAACACAAAUAACCGUAAGGGCGCUGGUGAAGCGCCUUCAUAUCAUCAUCACUUUCGUCGUCAAUUAAACUCACAACAGGAUAUUGUAAAUGACGUCCAUCAACAUCAAACGCAAUCACGUCAAACGCAACAAGAACUGCAGCAGCCGUCUUCACAACAGCAAGAACUUUAUCUGCAACAAACAGCUAGCGUGGAGGUACCCUUACCACAAGCCCAACAGUUACAGCAGGCUAGACGAUUACCACAGUCUCAUCGUUUCCCUAUAACCGGGCCUACAGGACAAAGUAAUUUUAUUAGCACAGCCAACGGCAAUCAUAUUAGCAAUCAAUUUCAACGUCCUAGCCAAAAUCAAGUAGUUGUACCGCAUCAACAAAUCCAACAGCAUUUGCAACAUCUCUACCAACCGCAGCAGCCACAUCGUUUUCAAGCGCCUAACCAACCUGUUCAAUCGCAAUCGCAGCCAGUAUCACCGUCCCUAGAUUUGCAUCAGGAGAACUUUUUGGCGUUACGUAAUUACGCUACGCAACCAACGGGAGGAGCUCAUCAGCAAACAGCAGUACGACAGCAAAAUUCUCAGAGAACGUAUAGUAAUAAGCCAUUUCAAAAUCAAGUGAUUCCAGCACAAAGUCACAGUCAACCUCCGUUUCCUGUCUUCACUAGUGAAGCCUAUCAAUCGCAAACUCCAGUAAAUUCACCAGUUUUACCGCAAACUCAGCAAAAGUUGCCUGUUCAAGGUCCAGUUCCUACUUUCCAGACUCAUAUAGCCCCGCGCCCACCAUACUCAACAGUGCCGCAGUUUUUCCCACAGCCUCCACAACCUCCUACUACUCAGCAAGUAUUCUUGCCUACAACACCGCAAGAUCUUACGCAACCGCCUUCUCAAACUCAGCCACAACCGCAGAAAUCCUACAUUUUAACGCAUAAUCUAGGUUUACCAGUGCCGCAGUUCUUUGCCAAUGUACCCUCUACUGCGUUUCCAACUCAACAAACCAUACAGCAGCAACAGCAUUCACAACAGUCGCAGCAGGAGCAAUUCCUUUCGCAACCACAAUAUUCUAAUAUUCCUUCCACUCAAUCAGUGCCCUCGUCCGAUCAGGAAUACAAACAAAAGUUGAUUCAAAAGCACGAACAGUUUGUGCAAAAACAAUAUGAAAAAUCUCAAAACAAGGUUAAGCAACAGCACGUCGAGUUUUUGGCUAAACAACAAAGUAUUAAACAGCAAGCAUUACCCAACAUAUUGGCCAAUAAUAAUCAGCAACCUGUAUAUCAACAAGAAUCGCCUAAUUAUGUUUCACACCGCAGUCGACCAGUGGGACCUUCAGAAUUGCCUUCCUUUGCUUCAGCCUUGCAAAAAUACUUCCAAGACCAUCCAACGACAACAACGACAACGACAACAACUACUACGACCACGACGACACCGCCACCGCCACCUCCACCACCGUCUACUACAGCUAGACAUCACACCCGUGGUAGUCAUCAUCAUGUAAGGCAAUACGGUUCGAAAACGUCAAGUCGAAAACCCGUCAAAACUUUCGGACGCGAUGAGUUACUAAAGCAACUCAAAGCUGCUUUAGCGGAAACUCCUCAAAAAGAAUUGGGAAAUAAAUCGUAUGAAGAAAUGGAUUUUGUUUUACCCAACGGAGAACGCGUACAGGUUAUACGUACCACAGAUCGUAACCUGCUAAGAGGACAGCAACCUUACACCCAAGAUCAGCUAAAAAAUUUAUUUAGUGAGCAAAGCUCAACAUUCCGUCCAGAGGGUAGCAGUACAAAUAAAUUCACGUAUAGUGAACCAGAAACAAGUAGCGAUUUGGUCUUACCGAACAGUUCUAAUGUUCAAAUAUCACGAUCGCCUCUUCCCACAGACAACACUGUAAGUGCUCAAAGUUUACCCGAAGGUGUGGACUUAGGAAAUUUAGGUUCUUUGUAUGGUGAGAAUGUGGAAGGCAUACCAAACGGAGGCAAUAGCAUUGCUAGCACUGCUGUUAUACAAUCCGAUUCCGAUGAACCACCUUCCUUGGAAGAGUUGGCCAAGCGUGGUCUCAUACCUGAUGGUUACGAGAUCGAGGGUUAUAGCUCUAAACCGAAAACGAAAUCUAAAUCUCAGCAAGUUCUGCCCCCUAAGAAAAAGGCUACCUAUGUUUAUCUGGAGGAACAAACUGAUGGAAGCUUCAAGAUACAAGGCGUUAAGGCCAAUGGUGAAAAGGAAACUAAGCAGACGGGAGCUGAAGUCGAAAGUAUAUUAGAACGCAUACGCAAUGGGGAUAUUAAACUGCCUCCUUCAGUCCAGCGCUUGACAUUGCCGAAUGAUGAAAUAGUUGAUAUUGAGUCUGGAGCCAUUAUCAAGACCACGAGGAGGCCUACAAUAACUACGGCGAUCACGACUUCCACCACCACUACAACGACAACAACAACGCCGCGUCCCACCACCACAACAACGACAACAACGACACCCCAACCAAGAGCAAUUCCUCAAAGUUCCAGAUCUACCGGUCAUAGACAUUACUCGCGGACUACAAAUUUAGGUUAUCGCGUUACUACUCCAAAUACUAUAACACCAGUGAUUCAUCGUUCAUCCCCAAGUUUUCGAUACGAAACCCAGUCAUACCGUUCAUCGACGAGUCCUACGUAUCCUACCGACACCACCGCAUACGGACCAGUAACGUAUCAUCCGGCAACUGAAUACUUCCCGAAACCGAAUAUAGAUCACACAUCAUUGAAGUAUUCAGACACAUUGGUGCAAGAAAGCGAACACCAAGAAAAAGCAUCAGAUGCUUCAGCGUCACCCUUAUCCUACACAACAGUUACCCAUACGGAUGCUCACGUUGCUUCAUCAACGGCCGCAGCACCGGCUGAAGAUGAUUUAAUACAGCUUUUAAAACAGAACGGUCUGUACGCCAUGGCGAAAUAUUUGCGACAGUCAGGUUUGGAUAGUAUAUUGAAUGAGACAGGACCCUACACUAUAUUCGUACCUACUGAUAAAGCUUUUAAGAAUCUGUUGGUACAACUUGGUGGUCCGGAAAGAGCGGAGGAGAAAUUUAAAACAAAUCCACGUUUGCUAAGUGGGCUUUUACUACACCAUGUUAUCCCGGGAGCUUUUGAAAUUGCAACAUUGCAAGAUGAAAUGACAGGGGUGUCUUUAGCCGGCACCCAACUGCGUGUAAACCAAUAUAGUAUGCAUGAUCAAGAGUGGAAUGAUGUUACACUUACGACAAUCAAUGGAGCAAUGGUUGUUUUACCGAAAAAAGACAUUAAAAUACCGCAAGGUAUUGCUCAUGCCAUCGAUCGUGUUAUGUUCCCGUUGCCAGUGGGAGAUUUGUUACAAACUCUGCAAGCGGAUCGUGAAAAUCGUUUUUCUACGUUUCUCAAAAUUCUGUUUACCUCUGGUCUUUCCGAAAAAUUGCAAAGUAAAGGUAUCAAAACUUUUACAGUAUUUGCACCAACCGAUAAAAGUUUCAAUGAUAUUGAAUCGGAUACAUUGGAAAAACUUCUUAAAGAUAAAGAAGUGGCUGAAGAGUUUGCUAUGAAGCAUAUAGUUCCCGGCACCCUAUUUUCGGCCGGAAUGCGUUUCUACCAAAUUAAAGAUUCUCUCCUGACAGGCAAAACAGUAAUAUUGCAAAAAACUUCAUCGGGCAAAAUCAAAGUUAAUGAUGCCCAAAUGGUUGUCUCAAACAUCCCGGCGACAAAUGGUGUAAUACAUGCUUUAGAUGGGGUGCUGGCGUGAACCUCG